AUGGCAAUGUCAAACAUUGACGCCGAUGAAGUCAAUCUAGACAGCAGCAUGGAGCUCGAUGAAAACUCUCAAGAACCUCUGCGUGCGGAUAACUUUGAAGAAAUUUACAACUCUCUUGUACAAGAUGAACCCGAUUUGGAAGAGGAGACCCAUGCCUCUUAUGCUUGGGUUGUGAAGGACUUCAGUAAACUUGUGGAAAAAACAUAUAGCCCUGUGUUCACGGCAGAUGGUAGUGCGUGGCGUUUGGUAUUGUUUCCCAAAGGCUGUAAUCAAACUGAAUAUGCGUCUGUGUUUUUGGAAUACUUGCCUCAAUGCAAGGUCGAUGCGAUUAAGCAAGAAGAAGAAGAAAUUGCCGAGGGAAAAGAAGUCACUAUUGAUUCAGAAAUUGUAACUGACGAGACAUACUCAUGUUGCGCGCAGUUCGCCCUCUCCUUGUCCAAUGUACGAAACCCCGGGGUAAUGCAAAUUAAUACCUCUCAUCAUCGUUUUCGUUCGGAAGUAAAGGACUGGGGAUUUACUCGUUUUGCUGAUCUUCGUAAAAUAGGGGUCCCUAAUUCUGAUUUCUCAGUUCCUUUCCUUGAGGAUGACCAGAUUUGUAUUUCAGUAACUGUUCGUGUCUUAAAAGAUCCGACUGGUGUCCUUUGGCAUUCCUUUGUUAAUUACAACUCUAAAAAAGAAACUGGCUUUGUCGGUUUAAACAAUCAAGGUGCCACUUGCUAUAUGAACUCUCUUCUUCAAUCCUUAUAUUUUACAAACGUUUUCCGGAAAGCUGUUUACAAAAUUCCUACCGACAACGAUGACGCAAAAGGUAGUGUCGCUUAUGCCCUUCAGCGUGUUUUCUACAAUUUAGAAAAACAAAAAGAAGCCGUUAGCACCAAUGAACUUACCCGGUCGUUUGGCUGGAAUUCAUUUGAUUCCUUUAUGCAACACGAUGUGCAAGAAUUUAAUCGAGUGUUACAGGAUAACCUUGAAAAGAAAAUGAAAGGUACUGAUGUCGAAAAUGCGUUAAAUGACAUUUUUGUUGGAAAAAUGAAAAGUUACGUGAAAUGCAUUGAUGUCAAUUACGAAUCAUCUCGUGUUGAAGAUUUUUGGGAUAUUCAACUCAACGUCAAGGGAAUGGCUACUUUGGAGGAUUCUUUUCGCGAUGCUAUUCAAGUUGAAACUUUGACUGGGGAUAACAAAUAUUAUGCCGAAGGCCAUGGUUUACAAGACGCACAUAAGGGAGUCGUAUUUGAGUCAUUUCCUAAUGUUUUACAGUUGCAACUGAAGCGCUUUGAUUACGAUAUGCUACGAGAUAUGAUGGUUAAAAUAAAUGAUAGGCAUGAAUUUCCUUUGGAAAUCGAUUUAGAGCCUUAUCUUUCGGACACUGCGGAUAAAUCUGAAUCCCAUGUUUAUUCUCUGCACGGCGUCCUCGUUCACGGUGGCGAUCUUCAUGGUGGUCAUUAUUACGCUUUAAUUAAACCUGAAAAGGACAGUGGAUGGUUAAAAUUUGAUGAUGAUCGAGUAACUCGUGCAACCUUAAAAGAAGUACAGGAUGAUAACUUUGGGGGUGAGUCUUUAAAUAAGCCUAAAGGCUAUGUUGGAAAUCCAUUUAAGCGUUUUAUGAAUGCAUAUAUGCUGGUUUACUUUCGUAAGAGCCGCCUUGAUAAAAUUCUUUCUCCCGUUACUUCUGAAGAUGUGCCUUAUCACGUAAGGGCGUCGUUAGAUGAAGAGCACAGAAUUAUGGAAAAAAAGCUCCAAGAACGCGAAGAACAGUAUUAUUAUCGUAAGGUUCGCCUCUUGACUAUAGAUGGAUUCCGAAAUCACCAUGACUAUGACAUGGCUGACUUUUCUAAAGCCACCAAAGAGAAUGAUCAUAAAUUGAUGACAACGAGAGUAAAAAGGAAUGCCACGAUUUUGGAUCUUUAUAACCACGUCGCUUCUACGUUGAAGCGUGACUCGACCUCAAUUCGCUUAUGGAUGAUGACCAAUCGCCAAAACAGGACAGUGAGAGUGGAUCUACUUCUCGACAAAAAGGGAUUGCUGGUCGACCAAAUCUGUGAUAUGCACAUUCGUAAAGACGCUGAUUUGCGUAUUUACGCUGAAUAUAUCGAUGAGAAACAAGAAUCAUCUUCCACAGUUGCCGAUGAAGCAUUUGCUUUUAUCUUUUUGAAGUACUUUGAUUAUCGAGAGCAAAGCAUAUCCGGUGUCUUAAGUUUGCACGUUGAAAGGGAAACUCCCAUAUCUGAUCUUUCAGAUAUCGUUUGUAAGAGCAUGCAUUGGCCCGAAGGUACUACAAUCACAUAUUAUGAAGAAAUUAAAACUGGAAUGGUGGAUGUACUAGAUACAAAUUCUAGUUUCCUGAAGUCUGAAAUUCAAGAUGGUGAUAUAAUCUGCUUUGAGAAGAAUGCGAAACCAUCAGAACUUACUCACCAACAAUUCAGUAGUGCUUUGGAUUUAUAUGAUUUCUUGGCCCAUCGUUUAACUGUUACUUUCGAGCCUCGUAAUGGAGAAGACUUUGAUGGAACUUUUGAUUUAGAGUUAACAACACAUACCACCUACAAUGAAAUGGCUCAAGCAGUGGGUAAAGUACUCGGCACUGACGCUGGCUAUUUGCAGUUUACAUUGGCUCAUCUACCUUCAAGGACACCCAGAACGGUAAUUCGUAACCCUUCCAAAUUUACUUUACAGAAUGCAACCCCUUAUACUUAUGCUAAUGACCAACAUAUUUUGAUGUUUUAUGAAGCAUUGGAUCUUAGCCUUAGUGAACUUGAACAUAAGCAAUUAGUUCAAGCUUACUUUAUUUCUGAUGGGAUGACCAAAACGACCAAGUACGAAUUUUACGUAAAUAAAGACGGGUCUAUUAAAGAUAUCCUUCAACAGGUUGCUGUAAAGGCGGGACUUGGAACUGAAAAGUCGAAAGACUUACGCCUAUACGAAGUCUACAAUCAUAGAAUCCUUAAAGCACAUAAUCCGUCGGAUAGUCUUUUCGAUUUAAACGAAUUUGCAACAAUUUACGUUGAAGCUGCCUCUGAUGAAGAGGAGCUAGAACUUUCUGAGCAAAACGGAAUUUCUAUAAUUGUUCAACAUUUCAACCGAGACUUAUCUCGUCUCCACGGAAUUCCUUUCUAUUUUACCCUACUUCCCGAUGAAGAUUUAAGUAGCUUGAAAAAGCGUCUUCAGAAACGAUUGGGUUUCAAGGAUGCUCAAUUUGCAAAGGUUAAACUUGCUGUAUUGCAAGCUCAAUCUUUAGGAAAACCGUACUAUCUAACUGACGAUAGCGAGGUGCUUUAUGGAGAAUUUGAACCUGAAUCCCAUAUACUCGGAUUGGAUCACCCUGCUCCAAGCUCCGCUGGUCACGGCAUGGAUCAAGCUAUUCGCAUGAAAUAA